UCUGCUCUAUAAUUCCGUUUUCGCUUUAGUGAGUGUUAACCCACACUCCUUUUAAAGGCUCCAUCUUUGUUCUCGGCAUCAAGCAGCAGGAGCAAUGGCAGAGACUCAAGACUUAGUGGUUUGUGAUUAUCCAGUACCGGGUACACCCGGUAUCCGGGAAAUGAGGACUGAGAAUGAGAUGCGAUCCGAAAGUCUUGGGUCGGGUGGCAGUAAUCCAGGUUCCGGGAUUAGGAGGGUGAGCAUGAGAGCUGAGAUUGAUACCUCGCCGCCAUUCGGGUCGGUGAAGGAAGCUGUGACCCGUUUUGGUGGCAGCGGGUCCUGGAUGCCCUACAAGCAGGACAUAGAACAAAUAGAUAUAAAGAAAGUGGAGGAGCAAGCAGCAGAGUUGGAGAAAGAUCUGAUCGUCAAAGAACUUGAAACACUCGAUGUUCUUGAAGAGCUAGGAACCAUAAAAAAGAUUGUAGAAGAGUUCAAGCGUCAACUACAAAACGAAGCAUUGAUCAGAUGCAUGACAAGUCCUAGUUACGCUCACAUUUCGAGUCCUAGCUAUGGUUACAACCCUUCCUCUUCUCCUGAUUUGAUUCUAAUGGAGCUGAAGCAAGCCAAAUUGAAUAUCGGUAAAACCAUGACCGGUCUCGGUGUGAUCCAAACUUCUGUUGAAUCUUUGAAUAACAAAAUGAAGAAAGAGAAAUUGUUGCUUGAGAAAACCUGCCAGAUUCUUACUUCAAAAUUUGCAGGGGCACGGUCUUUUGACGAAGCCAACGUCGGCGCAAAAACAGCUCAAUUGAGGUUGAUUGCAGCUCGAAAGAUGGAGGAAGCAGCCAAGGCAGCAGAAGCAGUUGCUAUAGCAGAAAUGAAGGCUCUAUCCGUCGACGGCAAUGACAAGUUUUCUGGGUUUGUCCUGCCAGAGCCAGAGCACAAACCAGAGCAACCCAAGAACAGAGUUUGGCCACAGAGACGAAGUGACACUAAUAGUAUGACUAAAGUGGCUAUUCUGAAGAAGAUGAAGGAAGCGACAGAAGAAGUCAAGCAUAGCAAACAAGCCCUUGAGGAGGUUCUACAGAAAGUAGAAACUGCAAACCGAAAACAAUUCGCGGCCGAAGAGGCUCUUCGAAAAUGGAUUCAUCAGCAUGAUUAUGACACAAUGCCUGUCAGUUAUGGCAUUGAGAAUGGUGUUAAUGAUGAUUCGAAGCAGGUUUCGAGGACAACAGUGUCAAUGCGGGAUGUGCUGAGGAAGAAGCAAGUACUGCCUGAAGAAUAUGUACAAGAAGAAGGUCCUCCAGAGAGACAAAGAGUGGCUUUGAGUCAAAUGCUUCAGGAGCUUAAAGAAGACCUCACAUUUCACCCAAAACCAGAGAAAGACAUUGGAGUUGAUAUUAAUCCAAAGCAAUUGUUUGGACAAAGGAGAAAGUUUGGGUUCAUCCACAUUUCUCUUCCAAUAUUGGCUAAACAAAGUAGAAAGAAAAUGCAUUCUUGAAGACCAUUAUGAAAGAUUUGAUAAAUAGUUUGCUCUAAUAAGUAGUUUUAUUAUUUAUUUGUUUGUUUAAGAAUUGUAUAAUUAUCUAUUGUACUUUUUCUAUGUCUUGGAUUGAAGCAAUGGAAUGUCCUUUUCUAUGUAUGUU